AUGUUGGUUGAAGCUGGAGUGCCCGAGAACGCAGCCACAUUCAAUACAGUUAUCGCCGACCAGCGCCCGUACAACGGCGUCUCCAGGACUUUGGUCACACCAGUAUUCAGUAUGGCCUGCAACUUACGCUUCAGUCAGCCAACACCUUCGGUAAUCAUUGCGCGGACACGGACAACGCUGGACCAUGAUAUCGUGUCAGCUAUCUUGGAGGCUGCACUCCGUCUACUGCCCCCUGACAGCACACCCGAGGGAAUAAGAUUACGGCGAGAGAAGGCUAGCGAUCAAGCCAGAAAAGCCGAAGCAGCAGAGGCAAGCUUCAUCGACCGCCUGUCUGGCGCAAAUAUCGAUCUGCUCCGAGAGCGUCAACUGAAGGAGCGUGCUCGGGCAGCGUUGGAUGCUGGCCAGGAUGAUGUUGUUAGACUGACACCAGAUGCGCUGUUGUCCCGACCAAGUUUGAUAUGCGGAGAAACCUGCAACUGGAUCGAGUACAAGAACACCUUCGGAUUCCGCUCGAGUCCAUAUAUCGCUUCGAAAAACAAGGCGCAGUUUCGAAAGUAUGCGACCACGUUUGGACCUGGGAUGGUGGUUUACAAGCUCGGGUUUGAAACCAAUCAUGUCAAGAUCGAAGGUGUCCGUUGUUUUCGGGAGGCUGAAGUGUUGCAGUGGAUAGAGGGUCAAGAUGAGAGGCAGCUCCAUAAGUAG